AUGCAGAAACAAAUCAGGAGACGCUGGAUCCACGUAAGCAUCGUAAUACAGCCACGAUGGAUGCCAGCUGACGAUCUCAGGCUAUCGUCGUGUAGCCAAGCAUCACCAUGCUACUUUCUUUGUUCUUGGUCGAGUAUGAUGACCACUCUCUUUAUUUACAAAGAUAGCUGACUAGAUAACUAGGUUUUUAAGAUGCUCUGGACAGAACCUGUAGGUCAAGCCAAUCCCGGCAAGACCCGAAACUCUACACACUUCAGUACUGUUCUCUACGGCCAAACGGCUUUCAGUGAGAUACGUCGAUUUGUUGUCGUACGGAACAAAGGCGACUUCAGCCAAUGCAUCCCGAUCCAAACUUACAAAGGUCAAGGUGCCACUAAGCAAGGCCUAAUCGUGGAUGACCAUGGGGUUAUACACACAACAGCUUCAGCACCCGACCUACUCCCCGGGGAGAAACUCACAAAGUACUCGGUACAAGUUCAACCCUACAAGGACGAAAGGCUGGAGCCAGAGAGCCGUGUCAACUAUGGCAAAGCAUAUGCCGUGGAACACAACGUCAAGGUACUCGAGGUAGGAAUGGUACUAGAAGGUCACCGGUACCUGAUCCAGCAAUAUUUCGAUAGCGCGAUGAGGAGUCAGUAGUAACAGUGUGGACGCUGUUCGCAUACGUAGAUCACCGUGAUUUCUUCUUCCCCAUUUGGUCAUUGGUCAGGAAGUACUGCAACAUACGCAGGCUUCUACGAUUGCUUCUCGAUUGCCGCUACUGAUUUUUUCCAGCACUUUCCUUAUCGUUUCCAGUGAGAUUGCUA